AUGGCUGCGCACAACGAGAACCUCAUCCAUGUUGAUGAAUAUGACUCGUUUGAAGAUGAAACGUACAGCCCGGCAUCAACGGCUUCCAGCAGCUACGUGUCUUCAAUCUCAUCGCUCAUCCGCGAUGGCAUUGAAGAGAACGGCCGACAGUAUCCCGCGUACGGCAGAAACAUGUACGGCCUUCCGAUCGACGAAAGAGAGCAGGAACGCAACAAUGUCCAGCACGUCAAAUUCAAGCACAUCAUUGGUGGAGCUUUACACCGUGCUCCAAUCCAAGACUCGCCGACGAGGAUAUUAGACCUGGGCACAGGGUCGGGCAUUUGGGCCAUAGAAGCCGCCGAUCACUACGAGACGGCAGUGGUAACUGGCGUCGACAUCGCGCCCGUGCAACCCGAAUGGGUGCCGCCGAAUUGUGGAUUCGAGAUGCAAGAUAUUGAAGACGAGUGGUUCUACUCCACCACCGACUUCGACUUUAUACAUGCUCGCGAGCUCAUCAUGGCCGUGCGCGACUGGGACCGUCUGUUCAAACAGGCAUUUGAUCACCUCCGGCCCGGAGCUUAUAUGGAGGUCGGGGGCACUUACCCGACCCCGACUUCUGACGACGACACGCUGCCAGCGACUUCACAUCUGAAAGAAGUCGAGCGACUAUUCUUUGAGAUGGCCGAAGCGAUGGGCACGCCGUUGAACGCGCCGACUCUUUGGAGGGAGAAGAUGGAGCGUGCCGGCUUCGUCGACGUCACAGAGACCAUCUACAAGGUCCCCCAAGGCAUCUGGCCGAAAGACGCGCGGCUCAAGAUCAUCGGCGCCUACGAAAACUUCAGUCUCAGAAACGGACUCGACGCCUACCUUCUCCGAGGGUACACUACCAUGCUGGGAGGAAAUCCUGACCAACUGCAAAACCUUAUUGCCGAGACCAAACGCGAACUGCAAAAUCCAAAGAUGCACAGCUACAUCUUCUAG